UGUAAAAGCACCUUUACGUCACUACGCGUGACGUCAUCAUGCGCAAUGGUACACCUUUAUAUUUACAUCAUGUGUCAAACACGCAUCAUGUUUAAUGUAAUUAAAGCAUCUCGCACACUCGGAAGAUGUAUUACUUUUCGAGCUGUAGAUUCAAAAAUAAAAUAUUUUGGAAAUCAAGCUUUGUUGAAGAGAUUAUAUUCAGGGAACAAUGUAGUCAGUAAUGAAAAGUCGGAUUUAUAUCGACAAUUAUAUGCAAAAAUAUUGGCAUGCGGCCCCAUAACACUUGCUGAAUAUAUGAAGGAGGUCUUGAUUCAUCCUACUAUAGGUUAUUACAUGACUAAAGAUGUUUUUGGUCAAAAAGGAGAUUUCAUAACUUCUCCAGAAAUCAGUCAACUUUUUGGAGAAAUCAUAGCAAUCUGGAUGAUCAAUGAAUGGAGAAAAAUUAACGAUGAGCCUAUUCAACUUGUGGAAUUAGGUCCAGGAAGAGGCACCCUAAUCAAUGAUAUCUUACGGGUAUUUAAGAAAUUUAAUCUUUUGGAUAAAGUAUCAGUUCAUUUAGUAGAAAUUAGCCCUGCUCUGUCCCAGCUUCAAACAGAAAGAUUAUGCACAGAAAGCAGAGACAAUGAACCAACAGGCAAUGAAGAUGAAAAAUCUACUAUGUAUUACAGAGAAGGUGUUACCAAAAAUGGUGUAAAGAUAUAUUGGUAUUAUUCUAUCAAUGAUAUCCCUAAGAAGUUCAGUAUAUUUGUUGCACAUGAAUUCUUUGAUGCUUUGCCAAUACAUAAGUUUCAGAAAACUGAUAAAGGCUGGAGAGAGAUUUUAGUGGACAUAGUACAGGAAACAAGUGAAGAAAGAUUUCGAUAUGUGCUUUCACAAAUUGCAACACCUGCUUGCAAAGUGUAUCUGUCUCCAAAUGAGAAAAGAGAUCAUGUGGAAGUAAGUCCACAGAGUUUUGUUAUAACAGACUACAUGUCCCAAUUUUUAUGGGAAUGUGGAGGAUUUGCGCUAGUUAUUGAUUAUGGUCACGAGAGAGAGAAAAGUGAUACGUUUCGCGCGUUUCGUCAACACAAAUUGCACGAUCCCUUGUUGAAACCUGGAACUGCAGAUCUGACUGCUGACGUUGACUUUUUAUCAAUAAAGGAGAUUGCGCAAAAAGAUGAUAGAUUAAUCGUAUUUGGUCCAGUGACACAAAAAAGAUUCUUAAGGAAUCUUGGCAUCGAUUUGCGACUAAAAAUGCUUUUACAAAAUGCUACCGGCACUCAAAAACAGCAAAUUGAGUCAGGAUAUCAUAUGAUAACCGACGAAGAUAAAAUGGGAAGUUGUUUCAAAGUUUUGUCUCUUUUCCCAUUUAUUCUAAAGGAUUAUUUAACAAAAUGGCCAGUAGCAGGAUUUGAAGACGAAGUAAAGCCAAUGGAUAAAUCAGAUCUAUUGAAAUAAAUUAAUAAAAAUUAAAGUGUCGUUU